AUGUUCCACCGCCCUUCUUGGUCACGACUUACGAUAUGGUGGAUGAUCCUGCUACCGAUAAGGUUCUUCCCUUGCGCUACGAAUAACAGCUUCAUCGUCCGGGACCCUCCUGAGUUCGAUUCACGAAUAUCUCAUAUGGCACAUCGGACAGUAAGUAUAAAUCAACGGUAUGAAGCACUUGGUGUUGUUGAGGCUUCGUUCAUUACUCUUACAGCUCCGUUUAUUGACAACAAUACCAGCGUGGAGUUUAGUGACAUGAUUUUGAUGUUGCCUUCUGCUACGCAAGUGAAAGGUUUUUCUCCACCAGUGAUGAAAUAA